CCUUGCCAGAAAAUUUCGUCCCUCGCCAAUUUUCCUGGAUUCACGGCGAGCAGCAGCAGCAGCUCCUGCCUGGUUGAAUUUUUGUCGCUCUGCGCUGCGGAGUCACAAUCAUGGCUGCCGUUAGCUCCACAUUGUCACGCGUUGGCGUGACGGACGGCCUCGUCCGCACCGCCUCUGUGUCCAGCACCACUCAGGCGAACUCCCUCCGCUCCUUCAUCUGCGCCAAGCCUGCUUCCGCCUCCCGCAGCCGAUCCCUGGCAAUCAGGGCUGCCGCUGAGGUGCAGAGCGCGGCUGCUGAUGCCGAUAGCAUCGCCGCUGAAGUCGCCGCUCUCCCUGAGGCUGAGGACACCGAAGGCGUUCAGCCGAAGAAGAGGGUCUCUCCUCUCGAGAAGGGAGGUACCCUCAGCGGCAAGGGAGCUGCUGGCAAGGACCCGAGCCUCGCGACCCUUGGCAAGCUGAAGGCUGUCGUGACCGGAGAGAAGUUCUCUGAUCCUAGGUGGAAGAAUGGCACGUGGGAUAUCUCGCAGUUUACCGUCGACGGCAAGACCGACUGGGAUGCCGUCAUCGAUGCUGAGGUUGCGAGGCGGCAGUGGCUGGAGGUGAACCCCCAGUCGUCGAACAACGACGAUCCCGUGGUCUUCGACACCUCGCAAGUCCCCUGGUGGGCGUGGGUCCGCCGCUUCCACCUUCCCGAGGCUGAGAAGCUCAACGGCCGUGCUGCCAUGGUUGGAUACUUCAUGGGUUACGUUGUUGACUCGGCAACUGGUGUUGGCCUGGUGGAUCAGCAAGCUGGAUUCCUCGGCAAGCUGCUGCUCUUCAUCACCGUCGUUGGCGUCCUGAUGAUCCGCAAGAACGAGGACGUCCAGGAGAUAAAGAACGCUGCAGAGGAGUGGACCUUCUAUGACAAGCAAUGGCAAGCAGCAUGGAAGGAAGGGCCCCCUCCUGCAAACAAGGAGACAGAGGAGUAGACUGACGGUCUGCUGCUGCUGCCUGAUCCUGCUGCCUGAAUCCUGAUCCUGCUGCGGAAUCAUUGCUGUGUCUACUGACACCAAAUUUUGCCGGUGGCAUGAUUCCUUGCAGUUGCAGGUGAUUUUUCAUUUUUUAUUCUGUAAGUCAGAAAUUGUUACCUCCAGUUUCCAUGGAUCACUAAAAGUCCCAGUAAGAAGUCACAAUGUAGCAUCUGUCCUGUGGUCAAGCCUAUCUCAUGCUUUCGGAUAGCUCAAUAUGGAGACUUUUCAUGUCCCACGAUGUAUUGGGGUUGUGAUAUGAAAGGAACUGCCGAGUAGCGCGGAGG